AUGUUAUUAAUAUGGUUGAUGCAUUUUGAUUAUAGAUGGUGUUGGAGAAAAAGCCUUCCCUUUUUUGAUUAUUUUUGGAUUUUGACUGCCACUAUAAAAUUUUUGCAAUUAAUUCAAUCUGAAAAUUAAUAUAGGAACAUUCUAUUAAUAAUUUAAGCGGUUCUUGCAAUAAAAAUAUACCUUGCAAUAAUGAGAAAGAAAAAUGAGAAAAAUAUUGAAUAAUAUAAAAAACGAGUUGAUGUAACAACAGAGAUGACAUAUUGGGUUUAAAAAAAAGUACUUAAGACAAUGAGUGGAUAAAUUGCAUUAUUGUUUUCAUUGUUAGAUAUUUUUUGGAUAUUUUAGGAUCUUUUUGCAUUUAUUACAAUUGUGCCUGUUGUUAUAACUUUAGUAGGGUUUAUUGUAAUAAAAUUAUCAGCACUUGUUUUGAGUUGGGCAUAUCCAGAAUUGUAUAUUAAAAUAAAUAGAAAAUUGAAUUGA